GACGCGCGCUUGGGCGACAGGUGCGACGCGCGCGACUGCGAGCUGCUGAGCGACGGGUACCCAGAGUGCGGCGUCUAUUGGGCAAUGGAGGCAGGUUAUGCGUACAGCGUGAACUGCACGGGGCUGAGCGAUACCGACCUUCAGUCUGCUCGGUCGGUCGCCUUCCGUUCUACGGAGGCCCGAGUAGACGGCAAGAGUCGCGCGCUCUGUCUCAUGCUGUCGCCUGUGCGCGAUUUCGACCCCUGUAUGCUGCACCGUGCCGUCUGGGACAGUUGGAUGCCGCAAUCUAUGCUGUCGUCGGUGCUGGAGUGGACUUCUAGGCACGUGCAGUCUUGGGCCCAGGUACGUGGGCCCAUCAGCGCGGCAUUCAUGUCCUUGCUGCGCGUCGGCUGGGCGGGGGCCAGCAUCAGCACCUGGAUCAACGCGGCUACUGGCGCAGUGUAUAGGCCGCUGGAUUUUUCGCCGUGGUAUACCAAGCAACUGGUUCGGAAAGCAGUUCUUCGGUGGCAGUUCCGGAAGUGUGCUGACGAGCUGCCGCAUUUGGACAACGGUUUCAACAUCAUGCAGCUGAGGAAGUGGAUCUAUCGAGGACGACCCACGGCGUCGGAAGGACGUGACUGGCCUAACCUUGGCGCAGAAGGGCGGCGGUACGCCAGGUCGCCCAUCGUCGGCGGGCAAUGGACCAGCCAUCGCCGCUUUCACAAUAAUCCUCGGUAUGCGCAUUCAGAAGAUUGCAACUUGUGCCCUGGGCAAGCUGGCACGCUGUGGCACCGUCAUGUGGAGUGUGCUUACCAUUGGCCGCAGGCGGAGUUGUCAGCGGCCAUUGCCACGCUAAAGAGACAGGCGGACCACCCCGACAUCAUCACGCUGGUCGAGCGGCUGCUGCUAGUACGGCCACGAGUGGUGUGGCAGCCACCUCAGGACGAGAUCCUGUCCUCUGUCAAGUGGUUGCUGGGGAAUGGUGCUAUGCCCUUUCACAAUGAUGAGCUGUUCACUGACGGCUCGGCGUUCGACCUUGACAUCGAUUACGGCAUGGCUGGCUGUGCGGUGGUGCAGAUUCCGCUUGGGCCUGGGUGGUUUGACCCUGGUCCGAAGUGCGCCAUUCGCGCCCUGGGAUCGCCAUUGAUGGGGAUGCACCAAUUCGUAGAAGGUGCUGGGCUUCUCGCCGUGCUCAUUCUUCUUCGUCACAGCCUGGCGCCCAUCACGGUGCGGACUGAUGCCAGUUACGUGGUUGACGGGCUCCUGGUGCGUGGGCCUGAGGGUACUUGUGGUGCCUCCCACAGCUGGGCUUUCCUGAG